AUGUCACAAAACCUCUGGCCCGAAUACCGCGACAAAAUCGCCGGCGGCUGGAAAUGCAUCACCUACGAAAUGUUCGACGGCGCCGGUCCCGACCGUAAACUCAUCGCCAAACCGCACGGCGACGACCCCUUAGGUAGAGUCCUGAUAAGUCGCAACGGCUACCUCUCCGCGCACAUCGCGCGUCGAGAUCGCAUGGGCCCUUUACCAUCCGGCAAAGCGUGGCAAAUGGGCGAAGACAGGGAGGUAGCGCAUGUCGGGCGCGGGCUGAGUAUGUAUUGCGGGUAUUUGCAGGUGUUCAAGGAUGAUGAGGGAUUGUUCUGGGAGACGACGGUGGAGGUGUGCAGUGACCCGAAUAGGAUUGGGGGGAAGGAGGUGAGGCGGAUUGAGUAUUGGGAGGAGGGUGGGAAGGCGUACAUGGUGUUGCAGCCGAAGCAGGAUAUGAUUACUGAAGAUGGAAAGAGGACGAGAGCGAUCAUCAAGUGGGAGAAAUUCGAGUGA